UACAUUGAAGGUCCCAGUUUAUCGAUUGAUUUUGCGCAUUUUAAACUUGUCUUUUACACGGUAGAAGACGUCCGUUUGUUUAUGCGUUUCCCGGAAGUUAAAUGGGGAAGAUAAGUUAAAGAGUGGUGUACAGAUUGUACACAAGAUGGAGAAUGGGAUCAGCGAGCAGUUCUAAGAAAACAGUUGCUAUAGAUGAACAAAGCCAACCCGUGAAUGAGAAACAAAUAGUAACUCGCCAAAAUAAAACUCCAACUAGCAUGUCGUCCCGAAGGAAUCCUGUAAGAACAAAGUCCAUAGUCGAGGGCGAACAUUUCGAUACUCUACUGGUAAAACACCCUGAGUUAAAGCCUAUCCUAAGGGAAUAUGACAAAGUCAUGACCAAGCUUACUCAGAUGGAUAUUACACAUAAAGGUAUUUCAGAAGAAUCGUAUCCAGAUAUAUACAAGCUUCUUGACGAGAAUAUUGACGACCCUUUUCAAGAUAAUGGUGGACUGGAGCAAAGGUUGUUGAUGGGAAAUUAUCUUGCCAAAAAGGGAUUUGUGCCUCAAUUAGUGGACAUUUAUCAAGCAGUAUGGUCCAACCACGAUCCUGAUUUUUUCGAUGAUGAUCUAGAGGAGGACGAAGCUGGUUCCGAUUUUCUCAGACUUCUGUCCCUUAUACGGACGAUUCUGUGGAAUUACGCCGACGGGAGUCCAAGCUUUGCAGAAUCGAUCGUCGAGGACACCCAGUUCUUUCAGUACCUUACAGAAGAUUUGACAGCUGUGCAAGGCGAUUUGGAAGACCUUGACGAUGAAAUUACUAAUGAAAACCACUUUCCUUUCAAUUCCACUCUUGGAAUCUUGAACAAUUGUGCAAGAAAUUCAUCUUCAAAGGAUGUCUACACAGUUACGCGUCUUCGAAAGAAAGAUGGAACAAACAAAGGGAAAAUAAAUAUGGUUGAACUCCUCGAAGAGCUGCUGAAAACAGAUAUUACGUAUGUGAAGCUUGUUGUUCUUUUGGCGUUGUCUUACAUGGUGAAUGAGGAGGAAAACAAAAAAAUAUCAGCAGAUGAGACCUUAUUUGACUUUCUUUUGGAAAUGGUUAAAAAAGCCGAAAAGGCAAAAGACCGUAGGCAAUGGGGUUUUUCAAUACAUGAACUCAUUAAUGGUUUAGCAAAAUUAGCAAAAAAUGACGACAACAAAACAACAAUUAUGAAUAAAGGUGCAUUUGAUAUUCUAAAACGACUUUUGAAAAAAGGAAACCAAGCUGAGCAGGUUGCCGUAGUCAACGCUAUUUGGGAACUGUCUUUUGUAAAGAAAAAUAAAGUACUUUUUAAGGAGGACAAAGAAGUUUGGAAAACGCUGAAAGAACUGAGAAAUAGUGAUAAUAAAGAACUAUCAAAGGCGGCACAAGGAGCUUAUUUUGUUAUCAACGAAGGGAAAGAUCAGGAAGGAGCAGAGAAGAAAGCCAAAAAUCUUUUCAAGGCCAAAAAAGAGAAACCUGACGCAGGACAUAUAAUGCUCAGUUACAACUGGGGAAAUCAGAAAAUACUGUUACAGAUAAGAGACCGACUGCAGGAGAAAGGACUGACCGUAUGGAUGGAUGUAGACAACAUGGAGGGGUCAAUUUUAGAGGCCAUGGCACGGGCUGUAGAAGAAGCCAGGAUCGUCCUGGUUUGUUAUUCCGAAAAAUACAAAGAUAGCCAGAAUUGUAGAACAGAGGCGGAGUAUGCUUAUUCACAGAAGAAAGAAAUUGUUCCUCUGCUGAUGCAAACGGGCUAUAAGGCUACUGGAUGGUUAGGGGCCAUGAUUGGGGCAAGACUGUUCUACGAUUUUAGCGGAAAAUACGAUUUCGACAAGAAAUUUACUGAACUGUAUUUAGCAUUGGCUGGCAAAUUGGUUCCCAAGAACACCUUGAACUCAAUUCCUGAGGAUGCUGUUGCCAGGCCGUUGGUUCCGAGAUCUGAUGACAAUACCGUCGUCUUAAUGAAGUGGACCAAAUCAGAUAUUGAUACAUGGUUGGAAGACAAUAAACUAACGGCAUUUUCUGGAUUGAAGAAUCUAUCUGGUGAACAACUAGUAUUCCUCUACAAGUUAUUCCGAAGAGCUCCGGAUUAUUUCUACAGAUGUAUAGAAGAAAAACUCGGUAUGAAGAGCCUGGAGGACCUAAUGAGAUUCAGUGACUCCAUAGAAAACCUUCAAAUAGAACAUCCCGAUAUCAAUCGGCUUAUUCAUUGAGAACAAUUCGUGAGAAUUUUGUUGUUUGGGGGUAAAAUGUCCAACUAAUAAGAGAGCUAACUCUUACUGUGAUACAUAAUUUGAUUUUGAAAUCUAUUCAACUGUGCAUUGCAUUAUGUGCUCUUGGAGUAUUGAAAUCUUUAUCGCUAAACAAUUGGACGUAAGUAACAAUUUAACUGUUUGUAUACGCGUGUUAAACUGAAAGUGAGACGAUUUUAAUAUUACAUGUGAUAAAAUAAUGAUAUACUCGUGAGUUAUAUAAAUGCGCUUUCUGUCAAUUACACAAGAAUUAUUCAUGAUAUUAUAGAUUGUAAAUUUAAAUUUUUAGUUAAAAUUUGAUUGUUUUCAUUUGCUCACACGAUGUCUUUACUUUUAAAAUAUGAAUUUACGCAAUAAAUUAUGUAAAUUAAGUUUGAUGUUUUCGAAACUGUAGAGCAACUUUUACUUACGUACAGAGAAAGUUCGCAACGUUUUCGAAAGUCUCUUUGUUAAUAAAACUUUUGCUACGAAUAUGUUGGGAAAGGUCUAAGGAAGCUUCAAACAAGUUUACCACUAAGUCUUGUAAAAUUCAAAAUAAAUCCGUCACAAACAAAA